AAAAAUAGAGUAAGUUUGGAGGCAGCCGAAGUCCGUAGUCUACAGUACCCAACGCAAAAUCUAAACCCUCCGGCGCAGAUUAGCACAUUGCCUCAUCGACGCAAUUCGUCCCCAAUUCGCAUAACCCGCCAUUUCUCUCUCUCUCUCGCUCUCUCUCUCCUCCGAUUGAGAACGAUGCAGGCCGUUUCGAGGCGAUUAGGGCACCAAAACUUGAUUCCUUGUCGCUCAAUUUCUUCUCUCAAGUCCUUGUACCCGCUCCAUGACGAUCAUUAUGGCGCUCAUCACCCGCGGUUUGCGUCUAACAUUGCAACUAAAGGUAUUGGGCAUCUAGUUCGCAAGGGCACUGGUGGAAGAUCAUCUGUUAGUGGUAUCAUUUCUGCAGUUUUUGGAGCUACCGGGUUUCUUGGGCGCUAUCUUGUUCAGCGGCUUGCUAAAAUGGGGUCUCAAGUGUUGGUUCCUUUUCGAGGUUCUGAGGAUUCUCAUCGUCAUCUCAAAUUGAUGGGUGAUUUGGGACAGAUAGUCCCAAUGAAGUACAACCCAAUGGAUGAAAAUUCAAUCAAGGCUGUAAUGGCAAAGGCAAAUGUUGUUAUUAAUCUUAUUGGAAGGGAAUAUGAGACUCGAAAUUAUAGCUUUGAGGAAGUGAACCACUUUAUGGCCGAAAAACUUGCAGUGAUUGCCAAGGAACACGGUGGUAUCAUGAGAUUUGUACAAGUCUCUUGCUUGGGGGCAUCUCCAUCAUCUCCUUCCAGAAUGCUAAAAGCUAAAGCUGCUGCUGAGGAAGCUAUCUUGCGGGACUUACCAGAGGCCACAAUAAUGAGACCUGCAGGAAUGAUAGGUACAGAAGAUCGGAUUUUAAAUACUUGGGCACACUUUGUGAAAAACUAUGGCUUCCUUCCACUGAUUGGGGAUGGAUCUACCAAAAUUCAACCUGUAUACGUGGUUGAUGUUGCAUCGGCAAUUAUUGCGGCCUUAAAAGACGACGGCACAAGUAUGGGGAAAGUGUAUGAACUUGGCGGGCCAGACGUUUUCAGUGUGCAUCAACUGGCAGAGAUUAUGUUUGACAAGAUCCGCGAAUGGCCUCACUAUGUGAAAGUUCCUUUCCCUAUUGCUAAGGGGAUUGCAAUGCCUCGAGAGAUAUUUCUCAAUAAAGUUCCCUUUCCACUGCCUACUCCCGCUAUAUUCAAUCUUGAUCAGAUCAAUGCCCUUACUCAAGAUACGGUUGUGUCACCUGAUGCCUUAACAUUUAAUGAUCUUGGUAUUGUGCCCCAUAAGCUGAAGGGAUAUCCCAUUGAGUUUCUUAUCCAGUACCGCAAAGGCGGACCAAAUUAUGGCUCUACCGUCAGCGAAAAAGUGUCUCCAGAUGCAUAUCCAUAGGGUUAUUUGGUUUGUUAAUUCUGGAUUUUUUCCCUCCAAACUGACAUCCAGCUGGCUUCUUUGAAGCAGGUUUGUUUUACCUCAAUUCAUCUUUACGAUAACAAAUUCUGGUGCAAAACUUGUGCUUUUGUCCAUUCAUGAAAUGUAAUGUUUUCGUUAUCUCAAAAACCGUGGUUCAUUAUUGCUACUUUAAAAUUCAGUCGGCCAGAUGAUUGGAACCUUGGUUUACAUAUUUACGGAAGCGCUGCCUUUUUGAACCGUAGGUUUUGAAGUACCUGUUUCGUUGGAUCAAAGCUGGAAAUAAUAAAGAUACAGAGGGUCCUUCAAUGACUGCAUUGUAUAAUUUUGAGGGAACUCUGGUCACUCUUGUUCUAAGAAAGUGGUCUGAGUUGUCUUCAUCCUUGGUUUAAGCCGAGGAAUCAUUUGUAUUUGUCUAUGCGAGUUUUUCUAUGUUCUACAUAUAUAACAUUGUUUUUCGCUGCCUGAUAGAUUUUUAUGUUCUAAAGUCAUUCUAACUGGGUUUUACAGCUGCUUUGCCUGGUUGGAAUUAUCAGGAAUAGGUUUUUCAA